UCUUACUUUUUACUUGUUUUCCUAUACUGUUUUACUCAAAAUAUUUCAAAUACCAAAAGAUGAGGAGGAGGACGCUAUGGAGGAAAUUCCUGAGGAUGUAGAUGAAGAUGACGAUGAUGAUGAUGACAUUCAAACGUCCAUGACACGAGCAUCAGAUGCCAAACGACACAGCAUACAGUCCACUGGGUCAUCUUUCAAACGCAGCACUGACUCUGAAUUGGGGUCAAGGAGUUCACUAAUGUCAUCCAGGGGGUCUUCUGUUCAUUCUUUCAAAACAAGGCAAGAUCCUACAACAGAGGUUGGGUUAGGACAAACCGUAACAGACGACUUGACUACUUCACCCCGAACAAAACCAGCAGCCUCUGUUCGGAGACUGGCAGAAGCAGACACAGCAUCUGGCUUACAUAGUUCUUCAGUAUCACUUCGUAAAUCUACUGGCUCUGAAUUCGGUUCUCAAAUGCAACGUGGUAUGAACAAAUCCUCAGCAUCUGUCCGUCAAUCUUUGGAUGCUGAAAAAGAAUCAAUUGUUCAGCAGUCCCUAACAGGUUCAUCAGCAUCCCUCCGCAAAUCUGUCAAUACUAGGUCAAAAUCAAAUGUUGGAUCAUCCGCAUCUAUCCGCGAGUCUAUUGAUGAAGAGCUGGAGUCAAACGCUCAGAAGAGCAUCAGAGGGUCAUCUACCUCUCUCCGAUCUUUGAAGGCUGAACAGGAAUCAAGCACUCAAAAAAACAUUAGUGGAUCAUCAACAUCUCUUCGCAGAUCUGAAGAUGCAGGAUUUGGAUCUCAAGUCACUGUAAAAUCCAAGCAGGCAGUGAAACCAGUGUUCUUCUCCUCCGAAGAAGAAUCAAGUAAGAUGGCGUGUGUUUUUAGAUGUUCGCUGUGUGGCCUAUUCCCAAGGCCAGUCAUCUUAAAAGGCUGCUUUGUUUGCCUGCCAGAUCCCAAUCCAACAUGUUUAGCCUAACUACAUGUAUCUCCUUCCAACUGCCUCCAAAUCUUUCUGAUGAUGCUUCCCAAGAAAGUAUUGAUGUUAUCAAAUCAUUUUCCCGAAUCCUGCAACCAAGUCUGCUUUGUUCAAAAUGCUGCCAGGAAUCCCAUGUAUUGUUUCCAAACAUCGUAACCAGAACGUUUAUCUGUGAUGACUUUAGUUCAGAUGUGCGAGUCUGACUCUCAAAAGAUAUUUUUCAGUCACAAAAAAAUCUUGUAUCAGCUCUGUUUCGUCCUCAUUUUUGUGUUGCACAAUGCAGCAGUGACGUUGAGUAUAAUUCUCGAGAGAAGACAAACUAACUUGUGACAGAAAUAUAUCUUUGAUAUAUAAAUGGAUAUAUAACCGAGUGGUAUGUUUAUAUGUGGGUUGUUGUCUGUAGCAUGGGUGUAUGUUAUGGUUCAAUAGAAGUUGUGAGAUUAUAAUGGUUAUGAUGUCCACGAAUCCUGUUUAAUCAACACUUACCAGUGGUAACCAUGGAGAUUUCAGAGUUGUGUUUUGUACAAGUCACUUCGUGAUAUGUUUGUUUGUCUGCAUGUUUAUAAGAAAUAAUCACAUGGUAAAAAAAAUCAGUGCUAUAGUUGGGGGGCUUUUGAAUCAAGAUUUUGGGUAAAUAUUCACUCACAAGAGUAAAAUAUCUAUUCUAAUUGAAUUAUAUUGCAAUACAUUUGUGAUUGUCACCUUAACAAGGUACGACCUUGGUCUGAUAAAACUGACUUAAACAUUGACAUUUUUUCCUGUGGUUAGUGCCAUUUGAAGAAAUUUUGGGUGAUGUCUAGAAAAAUAUGCAAAUUUUUGCUACCACAUUUAGAAUGGUUAACUUAAAAAUACUGCAAUAGGUUGCUUUCAGACUUUCAUUCUGUUUUAAAUGUGGUUCCUAAAUGUAAUCUAUAAGGAUUUUGU